GGCGUCUUUUGGCUCGUCACUUAUUUUUGGUUUUUAAGGGCGUGUAGAUAUCUCGUCCACACUUGUGAUUUGCUGGGCGCCGGGUGCUGAAAGUUUGCCAAGCAAACGCAGCACUUUUAAACGCCUCGCGAAAUUUGAGUUCUCUGGUGUGCAGUACAGCGCCGUAUGAGUGACUAGCAGGCGGCGUUCUGACUGAUCUCACCAACAGGGGCUUCUGUGUAAGCUGAGGCUAAAUAAACACAGAUGGAUCUCCGUGCACAUCCACAAAAAUGCUGCCAAUGCGGCAGGGAUUUCAAAUGACACUCUGAAUCUACUGGAACCACACGCACACACACAUACAUCCCCACUGCAGGCAAGGCAAAGGACUCAAAAUAUACCAGCCGCCGCAGCAGCUGUCCUGCAACGUAAAGAGCACAAACUUUUUUUCAGUUUUUUACAGGGACUUUACAAAACAAAACAAAACAAAAAUGAAGGACCCUCAAAUUAUAAGUGAAGGAGACUGGAAAACCCUGUGUGCUAAGGAGAUCCACGGGGUCAGGAAGAUGAAAAAAAAAAGCAGGGAUGCGUUGAAACAUUCAAACAGCGUUAAAAGUUUUAGACAGGACCCAAAAAUGGAUGAGGAUUUGUUAAGUGGUCUAAAAGAAACGAACGGUCGAAACUUGCAUCACAAAACUCUGCAGGAGAGGGCUUUUGCUGCACCUUCAAAUGGCAUAGAUAAUAUAAUCGACUUGAGGAGAAACCCGAGCACUUUCAUUGAUAUGAGGACUACAAGUUUACCCGCUUUGACAGGACAGAUGGCUGCUGCUGCUGCCGUCGCCGCUUCUGUAUCAGCUGUGUCGCCAGCGAAAGAACCAUUUCCCAGAUCGGUACAAGUCACCGAGUUUGAACAUCAGCACUCUUUCCAGUCGAGGAUCGUAUUGUGUCAGCGUCCUCCACAAAGCCCGUACUCUUCUGCCUCACAGGAAUCGUACAUACAUAAUAAUAGCGACCCCACCGCAUCGCCUAGGAAACGGCUGGGUGAAACUGCUGGCGUCGCUACUGAGAUCAAAGCUAUUCAGCAGACAAGGAGGCUGCUGGCUAAUGCGCGAGAGAGGACCCGAGUGCAUACCAUCAGUGCCGCCUUUGAGGCUCUUAGAAAACAGGUUCCUUGUUAUUCCUACGGUCAGAAACUGUCCAAACUGGCCAUUCUGAGAAUAGCCUGUAACUACAUCCUCUCCUUAGCCCAGCUCGCUGAUCUCGACUACACUUCAGAUCACAGCAAUACAAGCUUCUCAGAAUGUGUGGAGCAGUGCACGAGAACCCUGCAGGCAGAGGGCAGGUCCAAGAAAAGAAAGGAGUAGCACGAAUGAAGACAGCAAGUCUAUGGAACUUCAAACAGAGAACUGGGUCCCGGCCAACCUUGGCAACAACUGUUAUUUUCAUGAAAUCUACUGAAGACUUUGUUUAAAUUUACACAAGACAGCACUAUGCAGAGACCUUCUUCGCAAACUGAAACCCUGUUAACUAUAAGAAGACUGGUUCAUUUUGCAGAAAAGAAAGCUAUAUUUAGCAGACAGUUUUAUGACAGCACUUUCCUUUUUCUUUCUUUUAGUGUUUGCUUGUUGCUAAGCUAUAGGAACAGGACCUGGACGUUUGUGUUGCAGACAGUCUUGUUUUGUAUACUCUUUUAAUAGCUCUUACAACAGCUUUUAAUAAAGGGAAUUAUCCUGCAGAGAAGUGUUAUAUAGAUCUACCGAAGGACAUUUUACAGCUGACAGUUUUAUUGUCCUUAAUUUACUGAAUCUGUGAAUCUGUUGGAACAGUUGUUAUUUUUUCCAGCUUUUUAAUCUGUAAGCUAGCAGGUUAUAUUAGAUAUUAAUUGAGUUAAUUCCAUUCAGUCUGCUGAGAGAUUCCCUGAAGGUGCAGCAUCAACAGGGGAGCACUUAGCGAUGGAUAUCUCCAGAUUGAAACUCACAUGUCAUGUUCCUCUGUCAAAUGUAAUGUGCAAAUUCAAAAACAAGUUGAGUUUUUUAUUCUUCUAAUAACAUCAAAAUAAUAGUUGAGGAAAGAGGAGUAUUCCUGCUUAUUCUAUAUUGUGUUACCCAGCAUUUAAAAAUGAUAACGCAUUUCAUUAACAAUAUCAUGAGCUCAAGUUUAGGCUGCCUACAGGUGAAGUCACUCAACUUUCACUUCACUCCCUGAGCUUUGAAAUGCGUUGCUGUAAUUUACAGAGGGGGCGCGGGGGUACAUGCCCCCCUCACUUUUUCAACGGGGGAAAUUUCCUCCUCACAUUGCAGCAGUACUAAAUCGUUUUAUUUCUCAAUAAUUUAUUCAUAUAUGCUAUUCACUUGUUAGAGAUCUCCACUAGGACUGAGUGGAAAUGCCAAUGAAUGCUAUAAAAAUAUUUUCUAUUCGAACAUGACAGCAAAGGCACCAGUCUGAAAGAAAUUAAUGUUUAUUUUAAAUUGUAUUACUAUAUGCCCCAGCUACAGAAAGUCUCCUCCACUUUUGAAACCAAAGUUACGCCACUGUUGAGAGGAACUUCUUGACUAGAUGAUGCUGUUGAAGUUUUAUCAUCCCUUAGCCUCCUCAAUUUACCUGCUUCCCAUAUUACCCAUCUGGUCACGCCUGGCGUUGUGAAGCCUCAGACAGUGAGUGCAGUGUUGUAAAUUGGAGACAUCAGUCAAGUUCAUCGCAUGAGCUGGAUUAAGACUCUGUGUGUUGUGCGUGAUUUCAUUUCUGAUGGCGCUGUCUGGAAGAGCCUGUACACAGACGCAUACAGCAUGUGUUGACAGUUCUAGCGUUUCUUGUUUUUAACCCUAUAGAGUGAGUGACUCUUUUUCAAUGGAUCUCAUUUUGGAACCAACGACAGAACCACUGGGCGAAUUGCACUUUUCCAAAGGACGUCCCGUUGCUAAGCGGAUGUGGAGCUUGAUGUAAAGAAAUUAGUUCCCCAAUUGUAGAGGUUUAAUUUAAGUUUAAACAUACUAUACACACACUGCAUUAUUGGACAUGGGAAUGGCUGUAAACAACCCAAUGGCAAAUAUUAAGUGCCCUCUUUAUACAUAGUCUAACAUGUAAUACAAAUAUUUCAACCUACAUUCAUCAUUGAAAGACAAAUGCAACAGUGUGUUUUAUUGCUGCAAGAUUUAGUGUUUGAAAGACAAAUUCAAGAUGGACCAACAAGACAAUGCAUGAGUCGUUUUUCCAGAGUGAGUUGUUGGAACAUAAAGUCUGAAGAUGACAGUGCAGAGUCAGCUUGUGGGUGUGCUAAAAUAUUUCUGAUUCUCCAAGGAAAGGCAUUUCCAUAAGGAUCCAAUUCAAACACAAAUCUGUAAUUCAGAACAGAAAUAACAGGCACGUUUCUAGCAGUCCUACAGCAUUUGCAGAAGGAUACACACACAGGGUGCCCUGCUAAACAUGUCUGCUUGUUUGUAACAUUUACCACCGCUAAAGUCUUUGCCAUUUCAAGUGAGCAAGUGGCAAUUCGUUUUGUGCAAUGUACAUUGUUCAUAAGCUUUAACCAAAGGUGUAAUGUUUUUUGGGGUUUUUGUUGUAAAUAAAAAGAACUGUUCUCUGUUA